UAUAAAUUAGCUUCAUAAUGCGUACUGUUACAAACGUUGGAAGCUAUUACACUUGUAAUUCACCAAAUUGUUGUCAUCCGUCAUGUUGGGAAACAAUAAGGAAAUUAAUGAAUGGAAUUCUUAUAUUUAGGGCUAAAAAUUAUUUAUGGAAACGUAUUGAAGAUUCAGAUAUUCCAUAUCAGUUAAUUUAUGAUUCAUUUGCGCAAUCAAUAUUUUCGGAUUCACAAUAUGCUUAUAGGUCUCCAAGAUUAACAAAUUAUGCUUAUUUCAUGAUGGAAAAAUUAAAAAGAUCUCGUAUAGAGAAUAGAAAAAUUAAAGAAGGUGAAUUAAUUAAUGAAGAUAAUCAAGAUAUUAAGAUUGAUGAAGAAUGUGUAAAAAAUUCAGAAGAACAUUUAAUUGCUUUGAAUUUACUUAAAAAUCAAUUGAAAAAGUGGAACCAUAUAGAACAUGAAAGUCCAUUAAAGUCUUCUUAUGUCUGGAUACCAUCAAAGAAGUUAGAUAAGUUAGAAAAUAAACCAGUAAAUCUGAACAGUGAAAGCAAAACACCUUUAUUUAUUUCAUUCUGUUAUCAUCACAAAAAUGAUUUUAUUAGACAGAAAAGAUCUAAACAGAAAGGUAACGGGAAUCUACUAUUUAUGUUGGCAUCAAAGCCAGAAAAAUGUCGGUCAUUUGUUCGACAGAUAUCAUCACGAAAAAAAGAUGCGAAUCAAACUCUAGUCAGUGAUUACAAAAUAAAAAGAAAUGAACAAAAUGAUGUAUUUGAAGAAACCUCUUGUAUGCCACGAUGGAUGAUAUCCUGUCAUAUAAGCGAACAAGCCCUAAGGGCAAGAUUGUUACCCUUGGCUCGAGCACAAAUACGUCGACAUAUUCAACAAGGAAGUCUUAUAUUGUGUCCUAACACGAGUAACAUUGAAUCAGACAGAAGGUCAGAAAAAAGAAUUUCUGACAGUAAGGUUUCAUUAACAAAAAUCUCAGAAGAUAUAUGUGGUUUCGAAGGAGAUGACCAGCAAAUUUUAUUCACUAGAGAACUUACCAUACCAAACCAGAAACUUAUUUCUUUUAAUGAGUCAUUGAAGUCGAAUGGGGUAAAUGUGGAACAGUACCAGCACACUAAACCGUAUUUCUUGAACGAACUAUUAAAAUCUCAGUGUUCUAGAUAUGAUCAACGAAAAGUUUCUGAUUCACCAUUUCAAGAACAAGAUGAAUUAAAAGCAAAGUCACAUCUGUUGAGUGACCUGUUACUAUUUCAACAGUCCAGACUAAAAAGAUCUGAGCCAACUCCUCCACACUAUUAUAUGAGUUCUAUUGAUAAUCUACAAAGUUUAUACAUGAACCGAUGUUAUACAUCACCAAUUAAUUGGCCAUCUUUACUACCCAAAAAUACAGAGUUGAAAGAAACAAGCUACAAUUUAGGUGAUAUGAUUCCACUUUCAUCUAGCCAAGAAAAGUACUACACUAAUGAUAUAAUACAAUCAAGAAAUUUAUUGGAAAACGACAAUUCAUUAUCUAAUAUAAAUGAUUCAUUUGAAAAUGGUUCAAAUUCAGUUGCUAUAUGGCAAAUAAUGCCUGGAAGAUUACUUCGUAGAUCUAAAACUCAGUAUAUAUUGAAUAAAAGUCAACAACUGAAAAAUCAUCAAAUUUGUACGGAUAAUUUGAAACAAACAAAGAAUGAAUUGAAAUUAAAUUUUAUGAUUGAGAAUGUUCAUAAUCAACACCACAGGAAGAAAUCAUUGGAUUCAAACGUUAUCAAUGGUACUUCAGAAGUGGAACUCUUGAGGCCAACAGAAGAUACACAUGAACGAGAUAAUGACGGCUUUAGUGAGAUUAGUAGCCGUUUCAAUAAUUCCUACUGGUCUAGCCGACGUCAUCCAGGUUAUAUUGAACGUAUGCAUACAAUAGGUUCUGUUUCAGAUCGUAAAAGAUUACUUCAAGAUAAUAAUAGUAAAAACAAUAAUGACAGAAAUUACAUCGCUCCAGAGAAAUACAAGUUUGUCGAUUCAGUUGAUUUGAUCACCUUGAAACCUAAAACAAAAUCUUUUCUACCACAAAUACGUCAUUCUGUCUCAACAGAAAAACACUGGAACAAAAAUAUAUUGGGACUUAAUUCCUGUGAUUUAACUGAUCAAACUAAUCAUUCCAGUUCAUUACCAAUGUUAAUUAAACCACCACCGCCUAGUCCGGAUGUAAAGUUUUUAGAUUUCUCAUGA